AUGAAUCUGGAACCGUUGCCCCGGCACGAAACGAUACACGUGACCGCACCGGCCGCUGCGGCGGCCGCAGCUGCAGCCGCUGCCGUGGCCCUACACCGGCCUCAAGUCCACCAAACCAUGCCACAGAGGUCUCCGUUCGCGAUCCAGGAACUGCUCGGACUGGGCAGCAGUGGUGGAGGCGAAUCGACGAGAUCGGGUGGCGUUGUGUCGGCGGUCACACCGUCGCUAUAUCCUACGGCCGUCGGGCAGGCAUCGUUUGCGGCCGCUGCUGCUGCCGCCGGAUGUGCCGAUCCGCAUCAGAUGCAGAUGGCCGCGGCCUCACGGAUGGCGUACUUUAACGCACAUGCUGCCGUUGCGGCCGCAUUUUUGCCGCAUAAUAUCGCGAGUGCGGCAGCCGGCGGUGGAUCGCUUCAGCUGCAUUCGGCACAGUCGGCAAACAAUUUUACACACCUAAAGUCGACCUUCGGUGGUGGCGGCGGCGCGUGCUUACCGGGAGGCGGCAUCGAUUCCAGCAAAGAUUUUACCAUCGACGGUCUAAAUAGUUACGGAAAGAAGAAAAAGAAGAAACGAAGGCACAGUCGAACAAUUUUCACCAGCUAUCAACUGGACGAGCUCGAGAAGGCCUUCAAGGAAGCACACUAUCCGGAUGUGUACGCUCGUGAAAUGCUUUCGCUAAAAACGGAUCUCCCCGAGGACAGGAUACAAGUGUGGUUUCAAAACCGGCGGGCCAAGUGGCGCAAGACUGAAAAGUGCUGGGGCCGCAGCACGAUCAUGGCCGAGUACGGGCUGUACGGGGCGAUGGUGCGGCACUCGCUGCCGCUACCGGAAACGAUCCUCAAGUCGGCGAAAGAGAACGAAACCGUCGCGCCCUGGCUGCUAGGUAUGCAUCGGCCAACGGUGGCGGUGGCCGACGAAACCGAGCCGGGGGGCGACCGAGCCAGCAGCAUGCUCGACCGCUUCCGCCAAUACACCAGCCCCACUGACGUUAACCUGUCCGUAUCCGUUUCGUCUUCAGGCAUGCACAAGAAGUCGCUCGAGGCGGCCGAAACGCUCAAAAACUCCGAAGAUAACAGUGACCGUGAAGAGACACGCACGGAAUCGAGCGAAACGAGCGGCGGUUCGGCCGGCGCCCUCCACUGCCCCCUCGGCUCUUCGCCACUCAAGUCCCCCCCGAUCGGUGCCGACGGUCCGGUGGCCGCUGAUGGUGCCGGUGGUGGUGGUGGUGGUGGUGGUGGUGGUGGUGGGGGAGGACGAGGCGAAGGACCUGGCGGGGGAGGCUCGUCAGCGAUGAACGGCGGCAAACACGUGGCGAGUGGCGGGGCGCGAUCGAUGGCCAAGGUGGCACGGUAUGGGUUAGGAUCCCCCACGGGAGGGCGGCCUCACUCUCCCUCCAUCACACCACCGGCUUCCGGUCACCCGCAUCACCCCCCAUCGGCACACCUCCUAUCACAUCCACCACCGGGUGGCCACGGUGGUCUUCAGCCAGGCACCGGAAGUGGUGCAAUUAAACCGCAACCCCGCUCACCACCUCUCGGUACAUCGCUUGCCGGGGGUUUGGGAGCUGGCACGGCUGGUUCCGGUUCCGGUGGAGCGGAUCACCUCUCACCCGUCGCCCACGGACACGGACCGCAUCAUGGGGCCGGCAUUCCCGGACUGCCCGAUACCGGGGGGGCGGGUGCGGGUGGUGGUGCGGCCGAUUUCCUGCUGACGGCGAGUUCCCACGCCAACAACAACUAUCACCCCGAAAACGACCACGAAGCGUUUAGGUGGGUUGACUACAAGGACCCGGUCGCGUUCAUACGGAACAACUCGAUCGCUUGCCUGCGCGCCAAAGCCCAGGAACAUCAGGCCCGGCUGCUGAACAGCGGUCUUCUGCUGCAGGUCCGCUCGUUGGCCGGUCUUCAAACACAUCCGGCGUUCGAUGGUGGUCCGGUACCGUCACUUGGGUCACCGUACGACGGUUCCUGCUCGGUGGCGGCCCAUGCCGCGCUUCACGCGCAACAGCAAAGGACACCACCCCCGCUGCCACCACAAUCCGCCCUCGAUGGGACGGCCCUUUCCUCGGCGGCUCUGCUCGAGAUCGAUCGUCAGCGGGCGGAGGCGAACAGCAGCAACGGGUCGGCCAUUUCGGUGAAGGGUGCCAGCAGCAGCCCCAACGUCAGCACCUUUUGACGGCAUUGAGCAGCGAAUGUCCUGUAGUGUCCUUUCACUCCCCCCGUUUUCUCGCUCCCGGCUCACGAGAUUUGCGUAGAAAUCAAUAAUAAUAAAGAAAAAGAAGAAGAAGAGCAGGAGGGAAAAAAAGAAGACAACAAGUACAACGAAUCGACACUAUCGAUCAUUAUUUAGGAUGUAUGAAAUUACCAAAGAGGAAGUUUUCCGCCCUGGAACCACCAGCGCCCACACACGCCCACGCCCAGGAGUAGAAACACGUGAGGAAGAAAAAAAAACGCAAAAAAACACCCGUCACGGUCAGGUUCUUGGCCGAUUCUUGGACUCAUGAGGACCCCUGCUGGUGUUUGGGCCAUACGUUUUUG